AUGUUGGAGACCACCAAUCCUCGAGGCAAAGCUGAAGUAUCGUGCCAGCGAUGUUAUCGCCGGAAAAAGCGCUGCGACAAGAUGCUCCCUGAGUGUAAUGGAUGCCGCAAAGCGAAUGUCCUCUGCAGUUUCCCGCAGGAUAGUCUCCAAGAAGCUUCGUUCUCGAUUGAAUAUGUCCGGGGCCUGGAACGCCGUGUUGCGGAACUUGAACAGCAGCUGGCCGUCGCGACGGCGACGACGACAGCGUCGUCGCCAACUGCAUCGAGCAAAAGUAACAGUCCAGAGGAACGCGAUAGCGCUCAACAAGUGCCGAUCAAUAUCACUACACCCCCGACAAUGCCUGAUGUGAUCGGCCAUAUAGAACCAGUCGCAAGCGGAACCCCAGUUACUCGCACCCGACGAUCCACCUCGCUAGCUGACGGGCUCAAGAUGCUAUCUCUCGAAGCAACAGCGGAGCGAUACGUUGGUUCGUCAUCAGGUGUCGCCUUUGCAAAGCUCACGCAGACCGUGUUGCGCAGACUAUCGCCGGACCAGGACGCUUUCGUGUUUGGGGACGGGGAUGCGCUGCAGGGGGGGCCUGGUGAGGAGGACUUGAUGCCCACAUUCGAUGACACACUGGACUUCCUAGACCUUGAUAUGAUGCUCGAUUCUCCACAGCAUCUAACGUCGCUGCCCGUCGAUCCCACCCUGCAAGGAAGCGACAACCCAUUGGACCUGUCACAGCUGGACGCCGGCCACAUCAGCUUCCUGCUCGAUUUUUACUUUGCACAUUCUCACACUUUAUAUCCCAUUAUCCAACAGCAGUGCUUCAUUGAAACGCUCUGGGCAGCGUACGCUGAUCCACUAUGCGCUCUUACUUUAUCGCCCCUCUGGCAGUUUCGCAUCUGGAUGGUCCUGGCUAUUGGGUCGACCACGUACUGCUCCGUCACAUUGAUGGACGAGACCGAGUCAAUUCAACUGUUUAACAAGGCGAUGUCUUACUUUGAGGCUGCGAUGGGAUGUGGUGACUUGCCGGCUUUGGAGGUUCUAAUGCUUCAGGUGUCAUAUUCCUUUUUCAAUAGCGCGGGACCAAAUACAUGGUUCUUGGUCGGUGUUGCUGCCCGCAUGGCUAUUGGAAUGGGGCUACACACACGUGAAGUCUACGAGACACUUACACCGGAUAACGCCGACUAUCAGAAAAGACUGUUCUUCUCGCUUUACAUGAUGGAUCGGGUGGUGUCGAUGGCGCUAGGCCGUCCGUUCGCUAUCCGGGAUGAGGACAUCACGGCCGAGCCCUUUGCCGACGCGGACGAUGAGAACAUCACACCUGUCGGCAUCAUCCCAACAGCCAAGCUGGAACCCACUAGCAUGGCAGUGCCGCUGCACAUCCUCGAGCUUCGAAGGAUAGCAAGCGCCAUUGGAACAAGUUUGCAUUCCGGCCAGCGUCAUUCGAACAGCAACUUACCAGCUGCACAAGCAACAAGGGAAGGUCUCCACAAACGCCUCAUUCAAUGGCGUCGUAGCAUGCCCUUCCCCCUACCGGAUUGCAAGUCAAAGGUUCCUCAUCUGUGUACGAGCUGGUUUGACCUUAACUACUAUACUCAUCUCAUCACCCUGUAUCGACCCUCGGCGUGUCAGACAGUUCUGGACGUGAGUAGCAUGGAAAUCCUAGCCGAGUCUUCUGGGAUGGCCAUUCGCGAGGCCAACAAUCUCUACCGGCAGCAGCGGUUUGCAUUUAACUGGCUCAACCUGAUGACUGUCUUUAAUGCAGCCCUCUCGCUAAUGUAUUCCACAACUGCACAGCCCGAUACAGUGCCCUUCGAACUUGAAAAGACGAGGGCAAUUGAGGAUCUGGAGUUGGUAAUGGGUAUGCUGGAACAGUUUUGCAGAAAGUUUCCGUCGGCUGGCCAGAUUCAGAAUAUGGUGCGGACGGUGUUGGACAGGCUGCGGUCGCACUCUGGUGAUAUACUGAGCAGAUAG